AUGGCUGAUUUCAUUGGCGGCAAAAGGAAGCUGAACUGGCGAAAAGAAGGGUGGAGGUCUUCGGAUGUCAAUGCAAAAGGCUCAUUUAUUAUAAUUUGCCUCUCACCAAUUCCAUUUCCUCUCUUUCUUUCCUUCUUUCAUUCUUUCUUUCUUUCUUUUAUGGUCGCUUCUAUUUUCUUUCUUUCUUUUAUGAUUUUUUUUUACUUCUUUCAUAUACAUUUUUUUUUCUUUCGUUAUCUUUUUUACUAUCUUCUUUCUUUUUUCUUUUCUUUAAUUUCUUUAUUCUUUCUUUUCGAUAUUAAAAUUUUUUACUUUCUUCUUUCUUUCUUUCCUUCUUUAAUAACCUUUCUUUCUUUCUUUUUCUUUCGUUAUCUUUUUACUUCCUUCUUUUUAUAUUUUAUUUUUUUCAUGAUAUUUUUGAAAAACUUUAGAGACUUUCUUUUAUUUUUAUUUUCAUUUCUUAUUUACUCAUUGAAAUAUUUCUCUCUCUUUUUCUUUUCUUCCUUUUCUUUUCCUUUUAUCAUCUUCUUGCUUUUUCUUUUUUCUUUUUCCUCUAUCUUUUCUUUCUCUCUAUUUUUUGUCAUUUCUCCCUCCUUUUUACUUUCUCUUUUUAUUUUCUCUCUUUUUCAUAUUAUCUUUUCUCACUUUCUUUUUCUUUGCUUUCCCUCUUUCUUUUAUUUGUCUUUCUGCUAUGACUCUGUUCCACCACCUUUUCUUAUAUUCCGUUUCUUCUUUCUACAUAUGUCUUACCUUUCAUCGUCUCUUCCUUACCGAUCACUCUUUGCCUUUUGGCAUCCUGACUCAUUGAUAUGCCAUAAAACAAAUCAAAAUACACCAAACCAAUCUAUCUAUCUAUCUAUCUAUCUAUCUAUCUAUCCUUUGAGUUUCAGUUCUUUCUUUUCUAUUUUCUUUGCUUUUUUUCUCUUUUUUUAUUUUCUCUCUCUUCCAUUAUUUACUUUUUCUUUUAACUUUCUUUUUUCUUUCUCUCUUAUUUCCUUUUUCUUCUUACGUAGAUCUCUUCCUUUAUGCGCCGGUGUCACUUCAGGACGUUGUUGA